CUUUUCAACUUCACAAAUUGACAGUUACCCGUGACACCCUCCAUCCAUUCCAACCUGCAUGCACCGAGUUCUUGUGCACUGUCCAUUAUUCUACAUAGGUGAACCUUUAGGUACUGAAACUCACCACUACCACCACACCUCAGAGUUCUAUCUUUCAACUAGUAUAAAUGUCAUUUGUCGCACGUUUGCACGACUUGUUAACGCUACGUUACAGCGCCCCUCUAUGGUCAAUUUCUGAGCAGCACCAUAAGGUACUGUAAUAGCUUUUAUCCGCUUUCUGACAGCUAGCCUUUGUUUUUAGCCUCGAACCCAGACAGCACCUGCGGAAAGCAUCUGGACUUUCAGUCCUUAUUGAACACACCAAGGUUGCAGACAUGCCGAGUCUGAAGCUGAUCUCGGCCACUGACACACAGUACUCAGCUACUGUGCUGAAGUCCAUGAACGAUCAGAGGACCAAUGGAUUAUUCUGUGACGUCACCAUCAUCAUCCGUGACAAGAAAUUCAGAGCUCACAAAACCAUCCUGUCUGCCUCCAGCUCCUACUUCCAUCAGCUUUUUCGUGUCGCUGGACAGGUCAUCGAGUUAAAUUUCAUCCGAGCAGAAAUAUUUGAGCAGAUUCUCAACUACAUGUACAGCUCAAAAAUUGUACGUGUGCGCUCUGACAUGAUGGAGGAGCUCAUUAAUGCUGGACAGAUCCUGGGAGUCAAGUUUAUUGCUAACCUGGCAACACCCUUGUCACAAGUCAAAGGACUUGGUGGAUUGUCAAAAGAAGAAACAGAAAACAAAAGUGACGUCUCAGUGGAGGUGAUGCCAAUAAUCACGGAUACCUUCUCCAUAUCAGCCGAGGAGUUUAAUCAGUCAAGCAGACCCGUAGAAAAUACCGAGGAGUCAGACAAUGAUGUCAUGUUUGUCUCACAGACAGGUCCUCAGGUGGUUAGGAAAAAGCCCAAAUCCAAGGACAUCACUAAUUCGAAGGUGGCAGAUGCGGAAAAAGCUUCCCAGGACCCAAAAGUACAGUUAAAUGACACAGUUCCAGUUGAAUGUGACAAUCUUAAACCCUGUUUACCCGAGAGCAGCGUGGACACUAGUAACUUGUUACCCUCUACUAAAGUUUUAUCAGAUACCCAUUCCGCAUCACUAGCCAGGUCCAGCAGUGUCACACCGGAAUCUCCAAGUGUCUCUCAGUCAUCAGAAAACAAUGGUAUGGCAGUAGUCCACCAAAAACAUGUCUCUACUUCACCCGGGACAGGAGAUGUCAAAAUAAGACUUUUAGAUGUUUCUGAAAACGCGGCAGAUGCUGAAAAGAACUCGAUUUCAGCAGUUACAACAAAGAAGACGGUGACCCUGAACAUGGGCACGGAGAUCGAUUUGAUUUCCUCGGGAUGUAAGGUCUACGCCAACAUUGGAGAGAACACUUACGACAUUGUCUCGGAGAGGGAUGAUCCAGGUGAAGGCGGAUCUAAAGUUGGUAAAGCAAAGAGAUCACAGCUUAUGAAAAACCCAGACGAAACGCUUCCGUCGCCGUUGUCGAGUCCAAACAAGAAAAGUAAGACGGACCCGGAGGAUCACUACAAGCUGGUCAUGGACGGGAAGACCUUCUUUGUCUGCUCCAUCUGCCAACGCCCUUACGUCUCUCUGCCUAGUCUGCGGCGCCACUUCAAUAUCCACUCGUGGAAACGCAAGUAUCCAUGUCGCCACUGUGACAAAGUGUUUGCUCUGGCCGAGUACCGAACCAAACAUGAAAUCCUGCACACAGGAGAGAGACGCUACCAGUGCCUUCUUUGCAAUGAGAUGUUCAUCAACUACCAGCUGCUGUCCAAUCACUGCAAGGCGGUUCACAACCAGGAUCCCAGUGGCAGGAAGCAGAAGGAUGACAAAGACCUCCUGUACCAACUGCUGCCCUGUAAGACAGUGCCCAGGAAGACGUACUCCUGGGAAGAAAACAGAAAUCAUGGUGUUUCCAUGAUUUCGGAGGACGGCAGCGUUCAACACGUCAUCACCACCACGGCAGACUUCGACUGUUCAGUCCGUCCCGGGCUGGUGGAAUGGGACAAACUCUUUUCUGAGCCCGACACUCAGACGAGCACGUCUGAUGGACGUGCCUCUGCGGACAUGCCUCCAGAGGGCAAUAAUGAGUUUGACUUUGUUAUUCCAGACACCUAUUGAGCUACAGCUGUUGAGAUUCCGUUGGCUGUU